GGUGAAAUGGGCGUCAAAGGGCAGAAUGGUGUUGCUGGUCUGCCUGGCGAAAAGGGGGAACGUGGCUUUGCGGGUAGUAAAGGCGAAGAAGGUGAAAAGGGUGAGAAAGGAGAUAAAGGAGAACCAGGACCAGAAGGCCUUCAUGGAACAGAGGGACUAAAAGGUGACCCUGGUAGUCCUGGUGUGGCUGGUCCAAAAGGAGAAAAGGGAGAUCCAGGACCUCCAGGACCAGCUGCCUUGAGUGGUUUGCUGGAGGGUCCCCAAGGUCCACCUGGCAAAGAAGGUCAAAGGGUGAGUAAACGUGGUGAACAACUG